AUGAAGCAAGCAUCUAUUAGCAGGUUUUUUAAAAAGGUUUCCGCAGUCAACAAGGAGAAAGUUGACCAAGUGAAGGAAGUUGAGAAAGAAGCUGAAGUGGAUGAGGUGCUGGACUUGACUUUGGAUUCGGAGAACGAUGAGGAGCAACAGCAAGAGACGCCAGUUCUAGAACCAAUAGAUGGUGAAGAGCAUCCAACUGUCAGUAAAGUACCUGAUCUUAACGAUUCACGAUUAUUACAAAAACAGAAAAUCUUAAACGCAUCUAAGGAUAUUACAAACUCUGUGGAUGUAAGUGCCUUUAAUGAGAAGCUUAAGGAUAUCAUGAAUAAAAGAAAACUGGGCAGGAUAAAAGGUUCCCUUAUAGAUGAAUCAGAUGAAAUUGCUGAACAAAGUGAAGCUGAUGAGCAUAAUAUAAAGAAGAAGAGAAAGAAAAGUGACCAAUUGACACCAUUAGACCGCCAAGUGAAAGAUUUGAAACUAGGUAACAUGGAUAAAGUAUUGGUUAUUAGGGUUGGGUAUAAAUAUAAGAUCUUCGCGCAGGACGCUAUCAUUGCAAGUACGAUUUUACACCUUCAACUAAUUCCAGGAAAAGUUACUAUUGAUGACUCAAAUCCUAAUGACAGUAAAUAUAAACAAUUUGCCUACUGCUCAUUUCCUGAUGUGAGAUUGAAGGUACAUUUAGAGAGACUAGUGAGAAGCGGUUUGAAAGUAGCUGUUGUGGAACAAAGUGAAACUGCCACCACUAAAAAAUUUGAUAAUAGCAAGGCCAAAACUUCGGUAUUUGAAAGAAAAAUUACUGGUACAUAUUCUAAAGCGACAUACGCAACAAACUGUGAAUUUGAAGUAAAUCAUGAAAACAUACUUGGCACAAAUAAUAGUAUAUGGGCGUUAGAUAUUGAGGUCUCUGAUUCUAUCUAUAAAUAUUACUUAUGGUCCAUCCAGUUGUCAAAUGGUGAAGUUAUCUAUGAUAGUUUUGAAGAAUCAAAGGACAACUUCUCUAAAGUUGAAACAAGGAUGAAGUAUUUGAAUCCUAGCGAAAUAGUCUCCCCAGUUGUUGAUAGUUUUCCAAUAAAGCUAAAAAAGAGAUUUCUUGACUUACAGCUUUGUCAGAAAAAUUAUGAUAUACUAGCUGAAGAUUUGAACAUACCCAAAAAGGAGCUUCUAAACAAUAGGUUAAUUGAGCUGUGGCAUAUUUUAUAUCGUUAUCUUAAGGAGUACUCUAAUGAGAAACUCCUUAAUAUAGGUAGCAAUUAUAGGCAUUUUUCACAAAAAAUUUCAAUUCAGUUACAAGCUCAAACAAUUAAUAAUCUCGAUUUGAUCUCGAACGAUGACAGUAAAGGAACCUUAUUUUGGAUACUUGAUCAUACAAGGACACCGUUUGGUAAACGUUUAUUGAAAGAAUGGUUGCUAAGGCCUUUACUAUCAAAAGACGCUAUUGUAGAUAGACUCAAUGCAAUCGAUUGUAUUCUAGAAUCUGCAAAUUCGAUUUUCUUUGAAUCACUAAAUCAAAUGAUGAAAGGUAUACCUGACUUAUUACGUACGAUUAAUAGAGUAUCAUUUGGCAAGACUUCUCAACGAGAAGUGUACUUUCUUCUAAAGCAGUUGACAGGCGUAAUUAAACACUUCGAAGCUCACAAAGACUAUAUCGAGGUAGAAAUCAAUAGUAACUCUGGAGCGAUUAAAACAAAAUCUACAAAAUUAGCCUCAAUCAUGACUCAAAUGUUUGAGUUUUCUUUAAGUAGUGUGAUUCCGCAAUUGCUUUUAAUGAUUAAUGUUUCCGCUGUUAUGGAAAAGGACCAAAAGAAACAGCUCUUGGGGUUCUUUCAUUUGAACAAUUAUGAUAAUUCAGAAAAUAUAAUCAAAAUGCAACGAGACAUCGAUUCUGUUAAGGCACAAUUGCAUGAUGAACUUCAAAAUAUUAAAAAAAUCUUAAAAAGGCCGCACCUUGCUUAUAAGGAUGAAGUUGAUUUCUUAAUUGAGGUUCGUAAUACACAGGUCAAAGGUAUCCCAUCUGAUUGGGUCAAAGUCAAUAACACGAAAAUGAUAAGCAGAUUUCUUACCCCACGGACGAAAGAAUUGGUGGAGUUACUAGAAUAUCAGAAUGAUCUCUUAUACAAUGAAAUCUCUAAGGAAUAUGACCAAUUUCUGAAUAGAAUUGCUUCAUAUUAUAAUGAAGUGAAAACAUUCAUAAUGAAUCUCGCGGAGUAUGAUUGUUUAUUAUCUCUAGCAGCUGUGUCUUGUAAUGUUGGGUACACAAGGCCAGUUUUCACAGAUAGCAAUGAGCAAUUGAUAAUAGCCAAGCAAGCGCGGAACCCUAUUAUAGAAUCGCUUGGGGUGGAUUAUGUUCCUAAUGAUAUUGAGAUGGAAAAAGAUAGUGGCCGUGUACUUGUUAUUACAGGACCUAAUAUGGGUGGUAAAUCGUCGUACAUAAGGCAAAUUGCUCUGAUGGUAAUUAUGGCUCAAAUUGGUUCCUAUGUUCCUGCUGAAUCACUUAAAUUGAGUGUAUUUGAUAAUGUUUUGACAAGAAUUGGGUCGCAAGAUAAUAUAUUACAGGGACAAUCUACAUUCAAAGUUGAACUAUCUGAGACAGUGGAGAUAAUAAAUUCCUGUACUUCAAAGACUCUUCUUCUACUAGAUGAAGUCGGUAGGGGAACAAGCACCAGAGAUGGGAAUGCCAUUGCAUGGGCCUUGAUUAAAUAUUUUGUUGAAGAAGAACAGUGCCCUUUCAUCUUGUUUACUACACAUUUCACUAUAGUUACGACUGUAAAAUCACCAUUGUUGAAGAGCUAUCAUAUGAAUUACGUGCAGCAUAAAAACGAAAAUGAAAAUUGGACUACAGUGGUCUUUCUGUAUCAAUUGAAAGCCGGGGUCACAGAUAGCAGUUAUGGGCUGAAUGUUGCGAAAUUGGCAGGUAUUGACACACAUAUUAUCAAUCGCGCACAUGAUGUUGCUAUCAGUUAUAAGAACGACACAGAAUUUGACACCAACAUGAUCUUGUUUCAAAAAGUUAGAAAUAUCCUGGCCAAUAGAACCACGGCAAGGGAGACAUUAAAAGUACUAUUAGAAUUAGAUGUUUGA